AUGCUCAAGCCUGAACUGCUUGCCCUAUCCAUGGACGAUAUCUUCACGCUAACCCGAUCCCCUGGGGCAGCCUACACAAUGGGCCUCUCACUUAUAAGGAAGACAAAUGUCCAACAAUCUUAUCCUAGAAUGCUCUACGGUUUACCGCCAACUAGCAUUUGUUUAUUCUAUUUCUGUGAAUGUAAACCCAUUCCCAUACGGCACAAUAUUCCUGACACCUACGGUCUAACCGGGGAGCCGUUUGAUGAAAGCCUGAGCACUUACACAUCUGUAGUCCAAACCCAACCAGAAACGCUUAUAUAUGAGCAGAAACUUUCGCAACCCACCGAACCCGCGCUAUUCAGGCUCCUGUCAUUCCCCCCACUGCUACAAAUAUUUAAUCUACUCGAUUGUUCUAGCACUUGUCUUUCCAACCACAUACGAGAGAAAAAGGGAAAAAAGACUGUCGGUAUCUUUAUUCGAUCUGAAGAUCUACCAUCCUCAAGGGGUCAAGUCUUCAACCUAGCAAUCCCGCCUGUGAAAUAA